GUCGAUUAACACUCCACUUUUACCCUCUGUCGGCUAACGUACGCCAUGAGCUUACUCGACCAGCUCUGGGACGACACCGUCGCCGGGCCUCGGCCGGAAAGCGGCCUCGGAAGGCUCCGUAAACAGCCUUCGUUCACUUUCCGGCCUGUCUUCGGCAAGGAAUCGGACGGUGGAAGUACGGAGGAGGUGAUGAAGGUUACGAGGCGAAUCAUGAUUGUGAAACCUCCUCCGGUUCAGGGGACUAAUCAGAACGGCUCGCCUCCGGUUUCGCCGGCCGGGUCUACACCUCCGGUAUCUCCUUUCGCGGGAGGGAGAGAGUUUCAGAGAAAUUUCGAAGGAGAUCAAUGUCAGAUGCGUACGAGAAAACAAAUAAUGGGAUCGGAGGACACAGGAGCCCUCGUCCGCCUUGCGACUUGUGAGAUUUUGAUUGAGAGACUCACUCUUUCUCUCUCAUCAUCGACCGGCGACAAAUGUUACACUUGUCUUUGUGUUCAAUGUGUGUUCUGAUCCGUUCUGAAAAUGUCUCUGUUUUUAUGUAGUCUGUAUAUAUUUAGUUUUGUAGAAAUAUCAUAUGUAAUGUGGCUUGUGCUGGGAGGAGUUAUAGUCCGCAUGAGGCUGUUUAAAAAACUUGUUACCUUUCUAGUCAUGUAGAGUUCGUUAUGCUCUCUCUCUCUCUCUCUUCGCGUGGCAUUUUGGUGUGUUUUAUAUUAGAAUUCUAGAGUGAAUGGUGUUUGCCAAAGUUAAAACA